AUGUCCACUGCGAUGCACGGCCGUGAAUUAUGGUGGAGACGCCUCCUCAAACCGGUCUCGGCCCACAGCGAAACAAUCUCACUCGAGUCAUUGAAGAUGGUCACAACAAAGGGGGGCGGAUGCGAGGGCAUUCCAGACGCCCCAAAUCUCGUAUAA